CGCCUAACAAGUACUGCCAAGUUACACCGCUCCCUCCCCACGUAAUACGCCGUUGUCCUUCGUCACGUCCUCAUGCUUUCAGGGACGUUCUAGAUCAACCUCGAUAGAGCUGUGAUGUAGAAAAUGGAGGAUUUGCUCACACCUAUGAGUACAGCUUAUAAGAAUAUUAAAGAGGAUCAAGAAGAUGCUUUGGUUGAAACCAAGGAGCGACGGGAAGCUCCUCAAAAGAAUGAGUUUCAAGCAAGAAGCCCACGAGAAGCUCUGGAGAUGCUCCAAAAUGAACCUGACUUUUCGAAUCUCAUAUCAAUCCUGAAGUACUUGGACACAACCAACGGCAUAUCUCUCUCUUCUCCGAGCCCGUUAAGUUCUCAGCUGAUUAAUGUUCUGGUCUCUGAUACUGUCCCAAAUUACUGGGCAAUCCUCUCAGAAAGGGGCAAGGGAUCCAAGGCCUUCAAAUACAAAAGAGAGAGAGAUUUGCUCUUGAACUGUUUCCGGAAUGUUACCGGACUGGGUGCUAUAUCAGCUCGACUAAACGUCCUGAUUGAUCAAAGCAAGAUCACAACUAAGAAAGGCGAUGGGCCGAAUUUCGUCCAGUCAUUAAGGGACUACCAAAGUGUCUUGGAAGACAUUUUGCACGGUAAUGCCGUGCUUCAAGGCCUUUGGAAAGUCCUCCAAUCUGAGCCUAUUUCCAAGCAAGCAUCCUUGUGGCGCGAGGUUACUGUGUUGAUUGGCGGCAGCAGGUUACUAAAUUCCGCUGCCGAAGCCCAUAGUAUUAUCAAUGAGUCUAACAAUACUGUUGAAGAGACUUCAUGGCUUGCGGAUGGAGUAAAAUAUAGCAGAUGGAUUGCAUCAAACAUUCAAUACUGGGCAAAGCACAUAGCAUUGGAGUCCGUCAGCCCUUGGAAGCACCUCACAGAACUCCUUUCGAAAAGUUUGCGUCUCGGGUAUCCCGAUGUCAUAUUGGAAGCUAUACUGGAUUUAGUUCUUGGAGCUGAAGACGACUUAAAGGUGCUUCAAAAACUUUUGGACGUGAUUCCUACUUAUGAGCAAAAAUCUGUCCUGAACUGCGCUUUGCGUUUACUCGUUAAGCAGCAUCUACCAAGCGAUCCUAACUAUGGCGAUGUAGCCUGGUGGCAAGAAGAUACCGCUCGAGUCUCUGCGGGAGCAGCUUAUUUAAGUACGAUUAUCAAUGGAAACGCGGCACGGAAGGACUUACUUUUGUCUUGGAUGACUGGAUUGCCUGGUGCUGGUAUUGGAGAGCCAAUAAGCAUCCGACGUGCGGCAAUAGCUGUCAUUUCUCUCUCCAAGUACGACUUGGAGGCUAUUCUGGAAAAGAGCAUGCAACAGUUUGGUGACCAACUCUAUAUCAAGCAUACUCCUUCCAUGCAGCAAGACGUUCAUGCCCAAAUUUUACUUCUUUGCGCUGGAUAUGUGCACCGAAUUUCUCCAAUGAAGCUAAAAAUUCUUGCAAGAUCUGGAGUUUAUCUCAACGCGGUAUCCAAUCGCCUAUCUGCCUCCUCAGAAAGAGCGCGAUUCCUAGGAAUGCUAGUCGGUGAAGCUAUAUCUGGUCUCGUGGAUCCUACUGGGAAUCAAAUGGAUUUCAAGAUGGAAGAACUCAAAUCUCCGGAAGCCCAAUGGUACAAAGGCUUAGUAGGUGUCAUAGACAGCCUUGGCUCAGUUGAGUCUCUUCGGAAACAUAUCGCGCCAGAAGCCAAGCAAACCAAACCAAGCCUUCCUCGUGAAGUAAACAAACCAAUCCGACUAUCUCAGGACUCGUCCAAAAUUAUUUCUAUUGAAGAGGUUGACGACGAUGGUUCAGAGGAGGAGGACGAUCUGGUCCCGUACACAAAACCCGACUCUGACGGGGAAGAUUCGGAUGAAGAUCCCACCCUUGUUGUGCGGAACAAGCCUACUGCGCCAGUAUACAUUCGGGACCUUAUUUCAUAUUUUAGGGACACAGAAAAUUACGACCGUCAACGAUUGGCCCUGUCAACCGCAGCCUCGUUAAUCAGACGGAAGUCCGGCUUUGGCACUGAGGUCAAAGACCAUGCAGAGGAACUCGCUACCGUAUUGAUGGGUCUACAGGAUAAGUAUGACAUUGAUGAUUUCAACGACGUGCGCCUGCAGAGCAUGAUUUCAGUUCUGCUCUGUGAUCCGCAAAGAAUGGCAAAGUGGUUCGCUAGGACAUUUUUUGACGGCGACUACUCCAUAUCACAGAGAGCUUCCGUACUCUCAACUAUAGCGAUUUCCGCCAGAGAAUUAGGGGGGCUCAAAGAGGAAGACAAAUCACUUACGAAAACAGCUCUGGCUUCCCGCAACAACUUUCCAUCAAGACAGCUUCCUCAAGGACUGCACAAUAUUUAUGCAGCAGAAGAAAGCCCGGUUAACUCUCUAUCUCACCAGCUUUCUAAAACCAUGAUACAGCCAUUAGCUGCGUCGCUGGCAGAUAAAGCUACCGGCCCCGAUAUUCUAAAAGUCAGAACUUUCUCUUCGCGCCUUGCCGUCGAAUCCCGACGAGCUCCACCUACCGUCAACGCCCUCUCCUCCAUGGUCGCAGAAUCUUUCUUUUUCCCCCUGACCGGGCGGUUCUUUGCACACUUAAAGGCAUACGGUGGCAAAAAUGUGAUUUUUGAGUCUUUUCUCUUGAGCAGUUAUCUGAAAACUCUCAGUUUGAUUAUGCACGCGAGUGGGAGCAGCACUCUGCAGCUACCUCAGAUGACGAGUGAAUUCUGGGACUUGCUGCUGGCAGUGAGAAGCCACACAAUAGGUGACAAGUCCGUGAGGGAGGCAGUCCUCUUCGGCUUCAUGACUUUGUUAGAGGUUAAUGGAGACAAGAGGCGGCUGUCAGAAAAGCACGGGAGAGAGUUAUUGGAGACACAAAGAUGGGUCGAGGCCAUCUUUGGCUCUAUUGGGGAAGGGGGUAAGGAAGAGGAGAGAGCAAGGACCUUAGCGGCUGGAGUGCUCUACAGAAUCCGAGAGGUAGUAGAAAAGUACCAGGCGCUAUUGAUGGGAGAUUUGGUGAAUUUUUGAGUGUAGAGGAAUAGUUGUAGUUACAACUUGUGCACCUCUGAGAAGAAAUACAAGUUAUGUUAAAAAUAAAUUUAUCAGCGGCGAUAUCAACACAUCUUUAUAUUUUCGGUUAUUUAUUUUAAUUGCUUUGUUUACAUGGAAAGAAAUGUUGGCGCGUAAGGAAUUUAAUUUGGUUAGCAGUGCUGCCUCUUAUGUCAAAUUGGCCUUCCAUCACAAAGAAGUGGCACAAUGGAUAUAAAGUACAAAGAACAGUAACUGAGGUUGACAUUUUUCUUCUUAAACCCAUGUAUUGCUCUAGCAGCGCGUUCUGCGCCGCUUGGUGUGCCAGCCUUUUGUUUUCAAUAGUGAUGGUGGCUGGUCUUGAAGUCUAAGACAUCACAGUAGUCAAGGGCGGACACCUGAUAAUGGACACGCGGUGAUAAACAGCAACACCAAUUCGACGAAAACAGAACAACAAUUCAAAAAUAUCAAACAACACCACACGACAUCUGCUGGCAAUCUCAUAUCUCUCUUUGUUCCUUGUUUUUGGACCAGCAUAUGGUCGCAUGGCAAACGCAUGUCCAGAUCGACACUCCAUAGCGAAUGUGCUCCAUUCCGCAGUGGCGUGUCCCUGCAUCCUGGCCUCACGACAAAAGCUUCAUUGCCGCGCAAAUUAACAACUCUACUUGCAUCUAGCCUCGAGUACAAUGGGACUCAUACCUUUGAAAUUGGUUGCGGCCCUCAAGCCAGCUGACCUACAUCAAUCGAUGCCCAAAACAACGCCCGUACCGUUAAGAGCUCCAGCCAAACCCGUCCUGCAAG